AUGACUUCCACUCCACAACAUCCCCCUCGUCUCGGGGAGCAGCUGUCUGAAUACGAACAGACGUCGCACCGGUUCGGGGAGGGUUACUCGUGAGUUCCUUCCCCCUGGCCCCCCCACAUUCACCACGCAUCGCUCGCAAUCGCGCGAUCAACGACGUCACCGCGUGGCGCGCAGGCUGCAGUGCUGGUGGGCGGUUUAUCACGCACUGCACUGCGCCGGCUGGCCGAGCUCGCUGCAAGGCGCACGCCAGGGGCCACCAGUAAUUGAUCAAAAUGUAAUGUGACACUUGUGCAGAUCUGGAAACAAGAUCCCAAGCAUCGGCACCUUCUUGAAGCGUCAGGAGGUGAGCUCUUGAAGUUCCGGCCGUUGAAUCAUUGAGUAGAGCGCCCGAUCCGCGGUCGAUUGGAGUUUCGUCGCGACCGGUGGAGAGGUCCCCCGAAGGUGCUGCAGCGCAGUAGCCUCUCUGAUGUGGAGUAUGAACUACAGAAAGCUGAUCCUUACUCAACCCGAAACUCGGAUUUGUCUCUACAGAAGGCCACCAAGACAACCGAGGAACCCGAUGCUUCCGCUUCUCCCUCACAGGACAAGUGGACCGAAAACGAUGACGAAAAGUCGUCCAAACUCGGUCAAGGAGCCACUGGUGUUAAGUCUCAAAAAGAAAUCGACAUGGAGAAAGCAGCCUCGGCGGGCAAGCAACCAAAUGCGAGAAAGGUGAGCUGAGGCGAUGCAGGUUUUUUGCGGGCGUGUGCACCCCUCGGAUAUGGGUUCCCUGGCACAUUCUGCGGCAUCCAGUUGGUUACACUUGCUGAUACAGUCAAACGAUUUAUAUGCACCAUUCAGUUCCAACGAGAGGGCGAGAGAGAGGUUAUGGACCCCGUCACCGGUCAAAAGGUCGUCAUUCGCGAUGCCAAGUUGGAGGGUGAGAAACCGCAGCAGCGAGCUCGGCGCAUGAGAACCGGUUCACCCGCAGUCCUGACAUCGCUCUUCGCUUCCAGACUUCCGCAACCCCAAACUUUUUGACAAGGAUCGUCUUGAUCCCUCAAAGCCUGGUGGCCCAUCGACGAACAUUCCCGAUGCGAAAGAGGACAAUGCCCCCAUCCACGACAUCGCACCGUCCCCGGUCGAGCCUGGCAACAUUUUGAUGCACCAUUUCCCUCCUCCCAUUACCGAUUCGGUCAAGCCCAUCGCCGCCACACUUGACCACUACGCUUUGGCUAUCGUCGCUGGUCUUGGCGUGACUUGGUUCUUCGUCGCUUUCGGAUCGGGUUACUACCAGUUCGUUCUGCGUUCGGCCAUCAUCGGCGCACUUGCUGUCGGAGUGUAUGUCUCCCAUGGGAUUGUCGGCCGCAAAAUCGAGAAGGAAUUCGAGAGGAUCCGUCUGGACAUGCACAAGCAACGAGGGGAGAAGGUGAGUCGGGAGAGCAGUCGAGGUGCCGGGAUGUGAUCGAAGCUGCUGCACUCGUUACUCACGCUUUGCGCUGCCAUUGUGUACAGUUUUCUCCUCCCACGCCCGAGUCGGUGGAGUGGUUGAACGCAUUCACCAAAGUCGUCUGGACGCUAAUUAAUCCCUCAAUGUUCGUUUCGUUGGUCGACAUGAUCGAAGACGUCAUGCAAGCCUCGCUUCCGGGCUUCAUCGAUGCUGUCAAAGUUGAGGACUUUACCAUCGGCAAAAACGCGCUGCGCAUCAUCUCGAUGCGUGCUCUUCCGGACCAACCGAAUGAGUCUGGAUAUCCGCACGAAGAGUGGAUUGACCAAGGUAGCGAGGAAGAAGCCUUGGACCCGGCACGCCGCAAGAAGAAGGUUGACAAGCGAAAGGACCUCACCGAGGAGGAGUCGAAGAAGCUCGACGAGAUCAACAAGCAAGUCGAGGGCGAAGAUGUGGCGGACGAAGAUCAGACGGGCGACUAUGUAAACUUUGAAGUCAGCUUUGGAUAUUUCGCCCCUCCCGGAACCAAGAAGCUUCAAGGCGAGAACAUCUCCCUCAUCAUCAAGUUCUUCCUCGGCGCCUACGACUUGUUCCACUUGCCCAUUCCGAUCUGGAUUGCCGUCGAGUCGAUUGUCGGCACCGUCCGACUGCGUUGCCAGAUGGUCGCCAACCCACCCUUCAUUCGGAACGUGACCUUCACGCUCAUGGGUGUUCCCGCGAUCGAAGCCUCGGCCAUUCCUCUGGCCAGGGGGCUUCCAAACGUCCUCGACCUCCCUCUCAUCAGUGGCUUCGUACAAUCAUCCAUCGCGGCGGCGAUGUCGAUCUACUGCGCUCCCAAGUCGAUGACGAUGAACGUUGCACAAAUAAUCUCGGGUGACGGUAUCAAGAAGGAAACCAAAGCUCUUGGAGUGUUCAUGAUCAAGAUCCACUACGCCGAGGAUCUCUCGGCUCAAGACGACAAUGGCUUCUCCGACCCUUACGUCGUGCUCGCCUACGCCAAGUUCGGCAAGCCUCUAUUCAGUACUCGUAUCAUCGAACGUACUCUGAACCCGGUCUGGGAGCAAACGGCCUUCCUCGUAAGCACCUGGAAGCGUUGCAGUGUUUGCAGGCCCGGAACUAACCUCGACAGACGGCCCACAGCUCGUUACGGACGACGAAAUUCGCGCAGACGAAAAGCUCUCCGUUCAGCUCUGGGACAGCGACAAGCUGUCGGCUGAUGAUUUGGUCGGCAGAAUCACGGUGCCUUUGAUCGACCUCAUGCUCAAGCCCAACGAGGUUCACAAGCGCUCGGACAAGCUUAUGGGCUACGAAGACUCCGAUUCGCUCUCUGGCACCCUGCACUGGGAAAUCGCGUACUACGAAAAGGCCAAGUUAAACCCCGAUCUCAAGGCCGCUCCAGGCAUCGACCACAAUCUACCCAAGGAAUUGCAAGAUCACCCCGAACUCAAGGUCGACACCUCGGCUAUGGACAACGCCGAAGAGGCAGAUGUCCGACGAACGCCCCCUGACCCGAAAUAUCCGACCGGUAUCCUUUCGAUCAUCAUUCAUCAGAUCAACAACUUGGAGCGACAGAAUCUCAAGGGAGCCAGCGGCAAGGAUCGCGAGGGUCAUGCCGGGCAGGACACCGACGAUCCGAGCGAGGCCGAGAACAACCUCCCCUCGGCAUACUGUGAGAUCGUGCUCAACGACGACAUGGUGUACAAAACCCGCGUCAAACAGUACUCUCAGAUGCCUUUUUUCGAGGCCGGGGGCGAAUGGUACAUCCCGGACUACACGAACACGACCCUGCGAGUCGUCGUCCGAGACUCCCGCUUACGCGAACACGACCCCAUUCUCGGCAUCGUCAACCUACCGCUCGACAAGAUCCUCGCUCACUCCUCCCAGGUCACUCGAUUGUACGCGAUUCAAGAUGGUGUAGGUUUUGGCAAAAUCAGCAUCUCCGUUUUGUUCAAGGGAGUCAAGGUUGAGCUGCCUAGGGAACUCCGUGGCUGGAACACGGGAACGGUGUGUGUCACGAGCAACAUCAAGGUUGAGCCAGUCGAAGGCGUCGACUUUGACUUCAAAGCCAAAAAGAUUGUCCUCUCGACCCUCGAGGCGAAGCAGAAGGUCCCUGGGCGCGCCGCGACGGUCAAUGCCGAUGGUUCAAUCGAGUGGGACGUCGACGAGGACAUUCGUCUGCCGACUUAUGAUCGCUACAGCUCGGCGCUCUUCUUUGACUAUGGUGGAGGAUUCACACUCGGCCCUCUUGGUGAUAAGACGGAUGCCUAUGCUGCAUGCUGGCUCAGCGAACUCGUCGAUGACGAGGAGAAGGAAAUUCGUGUGCCGAUCGUCAUCUCGCCCGAGCUCGAACGCUUGCGCCAAAACCGGAUCUGCGACCAGUUGAAGAAGACUCACGACUGCACUAUUGUCGGUUGGUUGACGACAACUGUUAUGCUCGAUGCUGGUCUCGAUGAAGAUCACGAACAGUACGCCGAGACGCAGACGCAACGCCACGAGUUUGAGGUGUACGACCGCGUCGAGGGAAUGGCUGCCCAAGCCGAGGAGAACUCGCAUGCCGACGACGACGGCGUCAUCGACAAGCAGGAGAAGAAGGAAAUCAAUCGCGCUCACAAGAAGGCGCUCGAGUCUCGUCAUCGUGGGAAAAUGCAGUUCGCUCCCGUCAGGACCGGGAUCUGGGCUAAAGACGGCUUGAGCUCUCGCAUCGACCGCGUCAAGCGCAGGAUGACCGGCAAAUCGCUCAAACAGACAAGCGUUCAGUCCGAGGCUGGGUGA